AGCGCGCUGCUGACUCUGAACUCCUGAGUGAGGAAGGAAGGAAGGUGCGGACACACAAGGCAUUGUGGGAGCGGCGGGUAUGUUUCCAUCAUGGCGGCAUCGAUUUCGGGUUACACUUUUAGUUCUGUGUGUUAUCACAGCGCCAACAGCAACUCCGACCAUGAAGGAUUCCUGUUGGGAGAAGUGAGACAAGAAGAGACUUUAAGCAUAAGUGAUUCUCAGAUUAGUAGUUCAGAAUUUCUCCAUGUAGUAGAGGUUCAUAACCAUGAGCCCUGUGCACAACUGUUCAGCUUUUAUGACUACGCAGGUAAAGUCAAUGAAGAAAAUCUCAACAGAAUCCUCAAAGACAGAAGAAAAAACGUUAUCGGCUGGUACCGGUUCCGGAGGAACACUCAACAGCAGAUGUCGUUCAGGGAGCAGGUGAUACAUAAGCAGCUGACCCACAUACUGGGCAUCCCAGAUCUCGUCUUCCUUCUCUUCAGCUUCAUCUCAACAGCCAAUAGUUCAACACACGCACUGGAGUAUGUUCUCUUCAGGCCCAACAGAAGCAGGUAUAAUCAGAGGAUAUCUUUGAGCAUCCCAAACCUGGGCAACACCAGUCAGCAGGAAUAUAAAGUCUCCUCUGUCCCCAACACCUCCAAGAACUAUGCCAGUGUUAUUAAAGAACAUGGGGCGGAGUUCUUUGACAAGGAUGGAGUGAUGAAAGAUAUUCGAGCCAUUUUCCAGUUGUACAGUGCCCUUCAGGAGAAGGUGCAGGCUGUGUGUGUUGAGGUGGAUCAAAGUGAACGGGUGAAGGAGAAAAUCCAAGAGGAAGUGAAAAAGCUCAAAGAGGAGAUCGCUCUCAGGAAGCGCAGCACUGCUGCAGAGGAGCGGAGACACCAAGAGUCAGUAAACACCGACUCCCACUCUCUCCAGGAUGACUCAGCUCUUUCAGAUUCUUCCCCCCCUUCGCUGACUCGUGUGGUUCUCCAGAGUCCCCCACUGGAGCCCAGCCUAGACUGGCCUGCAAACUCAACUCCCCAACCCCUCUACACUGCUGCACUGCCUCCAGACCCACCCAGCGCCAUCCUGCUGCCCCGGCCCCAAGCUGUGGGCUCCCCUGGCCACCCUUCCCCUAGCCUGGGCCUGGGCAACGGUGAUGGCUCCAGCUCGGAUUCCCUCAAUCGACAGGCCAUCGGGCAGGAGGACCAGGCAGAGGAGGAUGAGGAGGAGGAUGAUGACGAGGACAGUAGCGAAUACGAGAAUCUAGUUAGCGAGCAGUUGCAGUCGCCCUUGUUGACAGAAACAAUUUCUUUAGGACGGCCGGCCACGCUCUGGCCAGACGGGGACACCCACAGCUCCAGUGGCUCAUCUUGAUCCAACAGGCGGAUCAGGCUGAGGAGAAAGAUGUGAACGGACAGAGCUAGGCAUUAUUCUUUGGGAAAGAAGAGAAGAGGAAGGAGAGGACUAAGGAAGAUUUGGAUAUGGUGGGGCAAACCUUAGAAGAGUUUGUGAGGAUUUCAUUGUGAGCUGAUCACCGUGGCCCCUUCUUGUUAAUGCUGACCAAUUUCACUGAUUGUCCUGGUCCCUCUGCCUCUUCGUUUCUUUCCCAUCCCCUUUUCUGUCUGAGAAGAGAGGCGCCACCCUGCUUGCUGAUUACUUAUUGACAUUGCUACAAAUCUAGAUCAUCCAAUUAUUACACCAUUUACCUCUUGCACUAUUUCUGCCUUGUUUUGAUCUGCAUUCAAGUAGAAAAAGCAAAGGGAAUGAUGUCUUCUGCGGCCUUUAAACUCAUCUCUGUGAGCUUAUUCCAUGACUGUGUUUAUUUUUAUUUUUUCUUCACAAAUCUGACUGACCAAAAAAAAAGGAAAAUUUCUGCUCUGAUAAGUGCUUUAGCCUGCACAUCUCCAACUCACAAAAACUGAGCUUUGCUUUCUAGUAUCAGCUGUGUUUUUUUUCUUUUUCCCCUUCAGUCACACCGUGGGCCUAUUUAUGGAAACCAACACAAAAAUGGAUCUAUUUGAUCGUUUAUAUGUAUUACUUCUUUGAUUAGGGGUGCUUAUAUUGUUUUUACAAAGACAGACCGUUAAUAUUGUCACUUGGCUUGAAAAACGAUGUGAGGUCUUCUCUAUAGUCAUGCAGUUUGAGUAAAUGGCUCUCUUUCAAGCCCCUGAUCUCAAAUUUAUUGUCUUAAACUGGAGAGGUCGCACACUAAGGCUUCACAAACCUUUCAAUCUCAGGAUUCUUUUACAACAGCUUGCCUGAUUCCACCUUUCAAUCCUUGCCCUCAUAGCUUUGGUACAAAUAGACAAGAAAGCCCUAUUUGUGAAAGCAAUGCAGUGGUGGUGGAUUUACCUGUUUUGAAGCAAAGCUUUAAAAGUGGAAUUGAAAGGUCGGUUAUCUGCUAUCUGAACUUUUAAUGCCUAACUUGACCUACAUUUACUUCCUUACUCACAUCACUCAUUGAACAUGAAUUGCCACAUUAAGCUUUUUCAGUUUUCAAGGUGGAAACUGGGAGUUUUUUUUUUUUUUAAUUAUUCCUCAAAGUUAUACUUGAAGCUUUUAUUUGCUUUGCCCUACUUCUAACAAGAGAAUAUUCUGUAUCUUAAGGGGGCAUUCCACAACAAUCCCUAAUUCAGUGUAAUUUCUUACUUUAAAGGCAGCAGCACCUCAAAAAAAGAUCUUGCCAACUGAAAUCAUCUAAAAUAUCAUCCCAUAUCUAACAUUUCUCACUUUGAGAUUUUUGUUAGUCCAUUAUAAGAUAAUUUAUCUGUUUUAAGUAGGGAUACACAGUGAUUUCGGUGCUGGCACAUAUUUGCCUAAAAGAAUCGCCAUUGAACAGAUUUUAAAACUUGACCGAUAUUUGAAACUGAUAUUUGAUGAUGUGUUUAUUGUACUCUGGAAGAGAAAAAUGUUUAGGUGUCACUGGGUUACUGCAUUUUAUUAAGUUAACAUUAGUAACCCAAUAAAAAAUAGUGUUAAAUUUCUCUGUAAUUCUAAUCAAGGUGGAUAUAGUCCAAAUGUCUACAAUUUAUAUAUGUUUAAGUAUUCGUAUUAGUAUUGGAAUACUGAAAAAUAUCGGACAACAGCCAACAGUUCUGCUGUUAGUGCAUGCCUAGUUUUAAGUCAUUUUAUCUAGAGAAAUCAUCUUAUUCCAUUGGAAGCUAAUUUUGCUGCUUUAUUUUCUUGGAACAAGCAAAAUUAUGUCAACAAAACAUCUAGAAAUAAGUUAUAUUCAUACAACAUAAUAUUCUUCCAACAAUCUAAUAAUGAGAAAUAUUAUUCAAAUAGUUUUGAAAUAUUGAUUAUGUUUAAGAUGUUUUCACUUGCCAAGAUGUAAUUUUUGCAGUGUGGAAGGAAUUUGAGUCAGUAUUCCUUAGGCAUGUUUUAAGUGGGCAAACAGCUAAGCCUCAGUGCUGAGGAAUAUUAGAUAAAUUGCUCCAAGCUGUCACCAUGGUAAGGAACUGUACAAAUAAACUGGAUUUUGUGUGGACUGUGCCUUUAACACUUCAUCUGGACACUGGGACAGUGUAGCUGCUCACCACCUGUAGUAAAUGGCCACAUGUCAAAUUCCCUGGGUUUUUUGUUGUUGUUGUUGUUGUUUAAACAUAGCAACAUGUUUUCACAUUUUAAUGUAAGGCAGAAUCAAAGAAAUGCUCACCUUUUGUCUUUAAGUAUGUUCUUCUGAUUUUAAGCAAAACAAAGCACAUGACUGGCUUGCUUCUCUGGUAUGAAUUUAUUCAGAAUAUAAGAAUAGAGGUG